CCCGUCCAGUACGUGUGAAGCCGAAGGUGCACCGCUGGUGCUGUCUCCAGGCAACCCACCACUCCACAAGUAGACUGCGACUCCCCUCACGGACAGUAUAUCACUGAUCACUUCCAAAAACAAGGUGUUCAGCGAGACAUGGAUAACAAUAUAGAAAAAGACAACAGUGGCAAAAGCUCCUUCUCUGGUGCAAGGCAGAAGCAACAUUACAAUAAUUCAAGGGGGCGUGGUAGACAGAGAAGUUCUCAUUCUAAAAACCGUGAGUCACCUCCAGAAUACAGGCGACAGAGGAAGACUUCAAACCAAAGAAUCACUUCUUGGUCUUAUUACCAUGAAGGAGAUGUGGAAAUUCCAGAGAUUUGUGUUUACUCCAUUGACAAGCGCUGUAUGUAUGAAGAUACUGGGUGCCUUAGACUCCAUGCCAAGUGCACAUGUCAGUGGCAGGUUAUUCAAGAUGGCAAGUGGUUCAACUUUAGGAAUUUUCAUUCAGAAGAGCUUGAGAAUGCUUUUCUGGAUGUGACAAAGGAUUCUGUAAAAAUUACACCACUUGAUCCAAAGUUGUUGGGAUCUAGUGGUCGUGAUAUGAUCAAGAUACUCGGAAAUGGACAGUGGGAGGCAGAUUUUGAAAACUUAACAUUGAAAAAUCUCACAUCUCAAAGUAUAUUAACAAGUAAAUUAUUUAUUCGAAGAUUGUCAACUCAGUCGGCAGCUGUUUCCAAAAGUGGAAAGGCAACCAAAUAUGAAUGGUACUUUUGUGAUAGUAAAAAGAAGUGGAUAAAAUAUGGUGAUGUUGACAGCCUGGGACAUAAUCAUCUGGUACCACUUAUAACAUCAGAUGAGAUUGAGUUAAACUUCUCUUCCGAUUCCUCUGUCCAGAUGAUGUUUAAUAAUUCACUUUAUCGGUACCAAUUAGAUUUCAAAACAAUGAAACAAAAGAACUUAAAUACUGGCAAAGAAAGAUCAGUACGUCGAAGGCCUGUGAAAAAACAAAGCACAAAGCCAAAUCCUCGGGGUAAGAAGGAAAACUUACCCUCAACGUGGGAUUCCAUGAAGGACAAUGACACAAUGAUAAAAGUAUCACUGGAUGUGUCUAGCCAAGAGUAUUGUGAUGUGAUGAGUCAAUUGCUUAUCACUGUUCCUGCAGCACGAGUGGUAUCAAUUAUGCGGAUUCAGAACCCGUUUUUGUGGAGACCCUUUCAGAACAAACAGGCAGAAUUAGCCAUUAAGUAUGAUGGAUAUGAGAAACUCAAUAUUCAAAAACUCUUCCAUGGGACAAGACAUGAAUUCAUAGACGAUAUCUGCAAGAAGAAUUUUGACUGGAGGUUACAUGGGUCAAGUACUGGACAAGCAUAUGGCAGGGGAAGCUACUUCUCAAACAGUGCUGCUUACUCUCUUAAAUAUGCAAAACAAGACUCCUCUGGCCACUGCUUUCUGUUCCUGGUUGAAGUAAUAAUUGGAAAAGUGACACGAGGAAUUGAAUCCAUGAAACGUCCACCCCUGAAUCCUGCCACCAGUGAGCUGUUUGAUACGACAGUAGAUAAUGUAGAUUCUUCAAAAAUAUUUGUGAAAUAUGAUUCACAGGAAUAUUACCCACUUUAUACCAUACAAGUUAAGUGUUAGAGGACACAGGAAGGUUCAUUUAUGUUUAACCCUUUAGAGGGCAGAGGGUUUCUCUCAGCUGAAUAAAAUCAUCUGGCAUUAGUUAGAAUAAUAUACAAUACACAAGAGCAACACUGCUCCCAAAAGGGUUAAGGCAAGCAAACAGGUUUUGUAUCUAUAGUAAACUCUCCAUUUACAUGGUGGUUUAGUGCUGAUGAAUCCGGUCUAUUUUGGAAAAAGAUGCCUGGUAGAACGUACACAAACAAGUAGGAGAGGCGUGCCCCUGGGUUCAAGGCAGCCAAGGACAGAGUGAUGCUCAUUGUCUGUGGCAAUGCAACUGGCCACAUGAUCAAACCUGGCUUGCUCUACUGCUCAGCAAACCCUAGGGCUUUAAAGGGUAAAACAAGAACCAGUAUUUAUGUUUCACCUGUUCAUCUAUUGAUACUUUAAUUAUUUUAAUUAUAAUUUAUAUCAAUUUACUGUAAAUGGAUGGACAAGGUUAAUUUUUGGGUUUGUAUCUAAAUAAUGUUUCAAACUUUAGACAUAGAAAAUGUGGAAGUUUUUUGUUAUUUCCCAGGAAGGAUAAUAAUGUUAAUGUUUACACCACAAAUAUGUCAAGUUAAUAAUGUUAAUAAUUUUCAAACUACAAAUAUGAUAGUUUUAUAUUAAUGUUAAUGUCAUGGAGACAUCUUUUCAAACUACAAAUACGAUAGUUCCAUAAUAAUGUUCAAACCACAAAUACCGUAUAUACUCGUGUGUAGUUCGAGUUUUUAAGACCAAAUUUGUAGGCAAAAAAUUGGGUGUCGUCCUAUACAUGCGUAAUAGUUUUGUUAGGUUGAACCCGUGCAUGAUGGGAAGG